GAAUCACUCUGUGCUGCGAAGCCAUGGCAAUGAAGCUGAUUUGUGGUUGUCUUCUGGCAGUGGCCCUGCUUAGCUGUCUGGCUGAUGCUCAAUAUUUUAAGCGGCCUCAGCAGCCCCAACUGCCCCAGGAGCCCCAGACUCCAAAAUAUCAACCACCACCGAGGCCGCCUCAGAGGCCACAGACUCCACCCAAAAAGUUCCUGCCUCAACAGCCCCAGCAGCCCCAGCAGCCCCAGCAGCCUCAGCAGCCCAAGAGGCCUCAGCAGCCUAAGCAGCCUCAGCAGCCUACAGAAGUUUUUCACACUUGUGAAGUGGCUGAGCAGCACAAGAUACAGUGUGGGGCUCCUGCCAUCUCUGCUGCAGAGUGUGAGGCUAUAAACUGCUGCUUUGAUGGACGCAUGUGCUAUUAUGGCAAGUCUGUGACUCUUCAGUGCACCAAGGACGCCCAGUUCAUCUUGGUGGUGGCCAGAGACGCCACCCUACCGAACAUCGAUUUGGAAUCCAUUACUUUCCUUGGAAGUGAUCAAAACUGUAAUCCUGUUGGUACUACUUCAGCUUUUGCCAUCUACCAGUUCCCUGUCACGGCCUGCGGCACUCUUGUGAUGGAGGAGCCUGGUGUUCUAAUCUAUGAGAACGGCAUGUCCUCCUCAUAUGAAGUUGCUAUUGGACCCUAUGGAGCCAUUACCAGGGACAGCAGCUAUGAGAUACGUUUCCAGUGUAGAUAUGUUGGCACCUCAGUUGAGGCUCUGGUCAUUGAGGUUGGCCUGGUUCCUCCACCGCCCCCAGUAGCAGCUCCUGGACCCCUGCGUGUGGAGCUCAGGCUGGCUAAUGGACAGUGUACUACCAAGGGCUGUGUAGAAGAACAGGUGGCCUACACCUCCUUUUACAUGGAUUCUGACUACCCUGUCACAAAGGUGCUCAGGGAUCCUGUGUACGUUGAGAUCCGAAUGCUGGAGAGGACUGAUCCCAACCUUGUCUUGACUCUUGGGAGAUGCUGGGCAACUUGUGACCCCUACCCACACAGUCUUCCUCAAUGGGACUUGCUGAUUGAUGGCUGCCCCUACCGUGAUGACCGUUACCAGACCACCCUAGUGCCAUUGGAUGCCUCAUCAGGACUCUUGUACCCCACCCACCACAGGCGUUUUAUUUUCAAGAUGUUCACUUUUGUAGCUACUGCUGCUGCCAAUCCCAGCAAGGGAGGCGCUGCAGAGCCAGAGGUUAUGACUCCUCUCAGAGAAAAGGUGUAUAUCCACUGUGACACAGCUGUAUGCCAACCCUCUCUUGGAAAUAAUUGUGAACCCAGGUGCUUCAGAAAGAGGAGAGACGUUGCUGCUUCUUUCCAGAGAGGCUUUAGAGCUGAGACCACUGUGGUUAGCAGUCAGGAGAUUGUCAUCGUUGACCCAAGCGGGGGUAUUUAGUAACAACACCAGACAGAACUAUCCUGCCAUGAAAUCUCUCUUCCAGAUGCUUACUGAAAAGUGAUCAAGUUUCAAAUAAAUCUUGAUUUUGCUGAAUGUGUUGUCUGAUCUCAUAAAAUCUCACUCAGAUACAUUAUUUACACUGUGAUCUCACAGCCUAACAGCUAAUACUAAUCUUCCAGAAAAUACGUGACUGUGCCUCAACAUUAAGUAAUUUGCCUCUAGAAGAUCAGAUCAGAUACUGUUGUAUGUUCUCACAGUAAUAUGAGGGAACCAAAAUGAAGAGACAAUUUAGUGGCUCUCCAAAAGCCGUUCAUUUGAAUAUUUUAAUACAUUUAUACCACUGAGUUAAUAAAUACACUGGCUUAGCCCUAAUUACCUAUACUCUAUUAAGCUAAUAACACAUUUGAGCAAUUUGUGAUUGUUUUGACUACCAUUAUAUAGCGUUUAUAUUAUAUCUGUUGGAAUCUUGUGUGUUUUACUCCUAGUUUGCAUUUAUUUACAGCUUUUAAAAGUUCUUCGAGGAUAAAUGGGCUAAGACUUGAAUGCAAAACAUAACGCAUACUAUAGGUUAAUCUGCUAGUACUGAGUAAUACAGUAUAAAAGUCAACAUGCGUCAUAUUUGCUUAAAAAUCCAUCACAAUGAUAACAAUGCAUAAUCCAAUUCAACAGCACCACAAAAACUGCAUCCUCCAAAAUGAUCACCAUUGAAUUAACAUGUCACUAAAACAAUUUCAACAGAAACUAAUCGUUACAUCCGUCACGAAAGGAGGAUUCGUUGCAGGUCUGUUGUAUUUGACUGCAUUG